CGCCGAGAGGCGGGCGCGCUGGUGAUUUGCUUUCCCCUGCCACCAGCCCCUCUCCGGCCAGCCCGCGGGGACCGGGUCUGCAGCCGCAGGAGCCGCCAGCUCCCUCGCAGGGACGGCACGCUCGGGGGAAAGUUUGGCUCUUCUUCCUCCUCCUCCUCCUCCUCCUCUUCCUCCUCCUCCUCCUCCCCCCGCCCCACACGGGCACACGCACCCCGUCGCCCCCUCGGCGCGGCGCCCCCGGGCAGCGCCAUGCCGAACUGAGCGGGCCGGGUCGGGCCGAGCAGAGCCGGGUCGCGCCGCGCCGAGCCGAGCCGAGCCGGGCCGGGGCGGGCCGGGGCCGGGGCGGCCCCGCCGCACCUGAGCGGCGGCGGCGGAGGCCGGCGGGCUUGCGGCGCGCUGGGGGCGCCCGGCGCCCCCCGGGCGGCCAUGCGGGGCGGCGGGGGGCGGCUGUGAGCCCCUGCGGCCCCGCCGGCCCAUGAAGUAGCCCGCGCGGGGCAGGGCUGGAGGGCAGCGGGCCGCCCCCGGGGACAGGAGGGACGCGGGGAGCUCGGCUGCCGCCGCCCGGCCCGGCGCCAUGCCGCGGCGGCUGGCCUGGCUGUGCUGCUGCUGCGCGCUGCUGAGCGGCGCCUGCCGCCCCGCGGAGCCCGCGCUGCCCGCGGAGAGCGGCGGCCGCGCGGAGCCGCCGCCCGCCGCCGCCCCGGGCUUCCUCUACCGGCGGCUGAAGUCGCACGAGAAGCGGGAGAUGCAGCGGGAGAUCCUCUCCGUGCUGGGGCUGCCGCACCGCCCGCGGCCGCUGCCGCGGGAGCCGCCGGCCCCACCGCCGGGGCGGCUCACGGCGGCGCCGCGCUUCAUGCUGGACCUCUACCGCGCCCUGGCCGAGGGCGCGGAGGGCGCCGCGGGCGCGGAGCGGCGCGGCCGCCCGCCGCCCGCCACCCCGCCGCCGCUGCCCAGCGCCCAGGACAGCGCCUUCCUCAGCGACGCCGACAUGGUCAUGAGCUUCGUCAACCUGGUUGAAUAUGACAAGGAGUUCACACCUCACCAGCGGCACCACAAGGAGUUCAAAUUUAAUUUGUCUCAGAUUCCCGAGGGCGAGGCCGUCACAGCCGCUGAGUUUCGGAUCUACAAGGACUGUGUCAUGGGGAGCUUUAAAAACCAAACCUUUCUUAUCAGCAUCUAUCAAGUGCUACAGGAACAUCAGAACGGUCCUGUAACAGGGAAAGCCAGUGGAGAAAAUCCCAGACAGCACAAUCUUGUCAUUACUGUUCUCCUCUGCAGAGCUUCUGACCUGUUUCUACUGGACACCCGGGUGGUGUGGGCCUCUGAGGAAGGCUGGCUGGAGUUUGAUGUCACUGCCACCAGUAACAUGUGGGUGAUGAACCCUCAGCACAACAUGGGGCUCCAGCUGAGCGUGGUGACCCGGGAUGGUUUCAGUGUAAAUCCUAGAGAAGCAGGCCUUAUAGGCCGAGAUGGCCCAUAUGACAAACAGCCUUUCAUGGUGGCCUUUUUCAAAGUGAGUGAAGUUCAUGUCCGGACGACUAGAUCAGCGACAAGCAGGCGCAGGCAGCAGAGUAGAAACCGUUCCAGCCAGGCUCAGGAUGUUUCCAGAGUGUCUAGUGUCACAGAUUACAACAGCAGCGACUUAAAAACAGCUUGCAGAAAGCAUGAACUUUACGUUAGCUUCCAAGACUUGGGAUGGCAGGACUGGAUAAUCGCUCCAAAGGGCUAUGCAGCCAACUACUGUGAUGGAGAGUGCUCUUUUCCACUCAACGCACAUAUGAACGCAACCAAUCAUGCCAUUGUACAAACUCUGAAGCAGAUCUGGGAGAAAAAAGAAGCAAACAUUUUAUCCGAUCUCCAAGCAGCUGGAACAUCUGCCUCAGAAGAGGGGAAACAAGCUGCAGUGCCCCAUAAAGUGCCUAGAAAACUGCCCCAAUGAACAGCCGCUAAACUGGACUGAGUGGCAAAUCUUAGAGCUUUUGUGCUGUAGCUGUGCAAAAACAAAUGCAAGAUGAAUGCGUCAAGAAAACAAAACCCCCCAGAUCUUAGUGUGUAAUAGCUAAAAGAAGAGUCCUGGGUUCUCUGCUUGCAGGACUACUUUUAAAAUCCAUUUACUUUAACAGAUAUAAAGUAUCUUUAAAGUGCAAAAUAUGAAUGUUUAUUUGCUGCUGUUCAUGAACGCAGUAUUUUAAAAAUUUUACUUCCCCAAAACUCUUCUUCAGAAUAUUUUAAUUCUUUGAAUUGCUACAAGAAGAAAGGUCAGCUGGGGGCACAAGACUCUCCCAGUGUCAUAGCAAGCGCUCAUAUUUGUAAUAUGAACUUGCAUUCUCAGACAUCAGCAGAUAGGCACCGCUUACAGAUGUGAACCUUCAGAUACACACUGUGGAAGAUUACAAAACCUUUUAUUAUUUCUAUUUCAUGUAUUUUGUUUGUGUUCCAUAGGAGGUAAGGUGUUCAGAUAAAGCAUACCCAGAAUUCUCUCAUAUGGUAGCAUACUUGGAGAUACUGCUUAUAGAUUUAUGAAUACCCUAUGGAUAUUUGCAGACCACAAACACCAACAGGCUCUAAAUUUUGUGGAUAAAUGUGGGUCACUUCUUCCAGUACCAAACUGAACCUCCAAUAUCUUCAAACUCUCUCACAAGACUUUCAUAUACGCCCACUACAUGUUUUAUCCUAGUAUGCAAGCACAACCCAGGUACUAUCUUAAUUCAGGAAAAAAUGGUCUGACCUUCUGGGGAGCUUGCAGACUCACCUUUUCACCAUCCCUAAACCAGAGGAGAGUGGGAUAGCCACGAACUUGAUUUUCAGAGCAGGCUUCAUAAUGCUGGGUACAAUCAACCUACAUUUUGAAAAAAAAUUAUAAAUCAUUUAGUGCAUAAAAUAAACAGACAACAAGCACCAUACCCUCCCUUAAGUUUAGAAUCUCUGAAAAAUACAGAAGCAAGCAAUGCAUGUCUUGGCAAAAGUCCCUGUCAAGUGCUGUCUUGAGAACUCUUAUGUCUGCCUUCCAAAGAGUGGUUUGGUUGUCUAACUGGGAAGCUGUGUGUUUGUUUUGGGGAGCGGGAGAACACAGACAUGACAUGGAUAGAGGUAGAAACAGUAGCAAAAAAUAAUGAAGACAUAAUUAAAUACUCCAAUUAAAAUAAGUGCUGGUAUUUUCAGUGAAUAAGAUCACUACAUGGGUAGUAAGACACAAAAUGCUAAUAGAGCUUCAAAGUGAAGAUUUAUUGGCUCGCCCUUUUUUUCUUUUUCUUUUUUUUCUAAACAAAAAAGACCACUAUUUAAAAUCACAAGACAUGUCAACAGCUCAUAAGUUAACUUCACUCCAAGGAAAAUUCCAAGUGCACAGCAACAUUCAGUUCUAAUUUUCCAUACACCAAUCUAUAAAGUCAACAGUUUAUAGUCUUUUUCAAAGUAAAGAAAAAAUGUAACUGCAGCAAGGGAGCCUUUGCUCAACAGAGCACUUGGAUUUUGAAUGUUACAUUAGAAACACUUUGCUCCAGAUCACUGUAGAUCAAUUCCAAAGAUUACACAGAAUCCUGCCAGUAGACAGCAUUGCUAUUAAGACACUAUUCCCCCAGAUUACAUGAAGGUCAUCAUUCAACCUUCUCAGAAACAGUUGUGUUUCCUGUUUACUUACAGACUUACAAUCUUACUGAAGACAUAUUUCAAAUAGUUUCAUAGCAUAUACAAUUAACAAAACUGACUAGGCAUUGGGACAAAUCUUAGUGGCUUUACUAAAUAGCAAAUAUCAGUAACAGUAACUGUGCAACACCUGAACACAACAGACAACUGAAUAAAACAGAUUUUGGAAAUUUUUGGUUUAUGUUUCUCUGGAUAACAGAGAAUGAUAGCUUCAAAGAAGAUAUGUAAGCUAAGCAAUGAUUUUAUCAUACAAUAAGCAUUCCAGAUUCUGAGAAAGUAAAUCAGCACAUGCAACAUUUGAUACAAACAGUAUCAAAGGAGCAAUAUCCUCUGAUAUGUUUUCUCAGAAAAAAAAUCUAAUUUUAUAUCCACCAGGUUUCAAAAUGAUGCAUCUUCCUCUCCCAAGUUCAACCAUUCAGACCUGCUCUGUACCUCUACAGCGUAUCUGAGUUAAAGGACUUUCAAAAAGCAUUUCAUAGAAAAAAGCAGUAAAGCUCAUCACCCCCAGUAAUAGCUGAAAGUGCUAUGAGGGCAGAGACAGGGAAGACUGCAGCUUUUUUGUCCCUCUGCAAGACUGAUAGCACUGCUAACGGUUAUGCUGUCUUUCAGAUUAGCAGAGCCAAUCCGAAGGCUUAAGGAUAUGGAAGUUGGGCCCAGUAGGUUUUCCACUGUUAGCAGAUACAGAGGGAUUCACAUCAUUAGCCACCCGGACUUAGGUAUGGGUCAGCAAAUUAAGUGAGUAACUGCAAUUGCAGGACCACCUCCAUACCUCUGCAUAGGAGUCACUCCACGUACAAGUAACAAGCUCCCAUGGUAAAUACACCACAGAAUCUGGUUAUCAUCCCUAAGGGAAAUAGUAAAGCAGGACAAGAUAUCAGUUUUUAAGGUGGAAGGCCACCUGAAACCUUUAGAAAGCUCUAUGGGGGGGGGGGGGGUGAAGAGAAAGAAAAAAAAACAAAAAAAGAGAGAAAUAACUCAUCAUUAGGCUCUGUAGGUCUAAAAAGAAAUCCAGUGCUGUAAACAGCAAAUUAGUGUAAGUCACAUUGCCACUCAAAAUAAAUACUGAAGUCUAUCAAGUUUUGACAAAGGAGAAGCAUAAUAAAAAGCAAAUCUCAAAAUAUUACUCCCAUCAUCUAAAGUACCUGAUUUACUCCUUUACAUCUUUGAAACACAGGGAGCUGUGUUCAACAUCUCUGUCAAGUCCUUGCUCAAAAAGGGGAAGUCCUGUCAGUUGUAACAAAUUAGCCAUCUUUUCAAAAUAAAGUGAACUAUGUCUAUUGGAAAGGUAAAAGGGCUUACAAAGUGACAAACAAAACAGGAUUGUUAUUUGCAGAGCACAGAAUGAAUGGCAUGAUACUUGGCUGAAACAUUCAUUCACACAAAACAGAUAAAGAACAAAACACUUCACCAACCUUGCCAAUCUUGACAGCUUCCGAAUGUUCAAAUGCUAGAGCCAGCUGUUCCCAUGUUGGGGCCAAAGCCUUGCAAUGACCACACCAAGGGGCAAAAAAUUUGAUAAAGUGAUUACCUUUGAAGUCAAGAAAAAAAAAAGAAAGAUUAGAUCCAACUCAUUUGGAAUGAAUUUGGCUACAAUUAAAAGACUAGAUAGUAAUCGCAGAGUGCAACUUAUUUCCUGGGUUACAGAUAGGAAAUAAAGCAGAAUAAAGGCAAGGAGAGAAUACUUCAGCUAUUAGGUUUUCAAUAUGGUACGCAGUACCAUAGUAUUCCCAAUUUCCCUGAAAUUCUGAACAGCUUCACAACCUCAAGCCAACAAAUGAGUUAUUAAAACUAUCAUAUUUUCAACCUAACCAGUUGCUAGAAUUUCUAAAUCUACCAAGUCAAUCACUUGCACAAUUACACAGUAGAAAGAACCACAAAGGACUAUGUAUUUAUAAUAGCAUUAAUCAAUGUAAAUAUUAGACUUCAACUUAAACAUUUCUAAGCAAACACCACUGCAUCAAGUCUCUGAGCUAUGCAAAUAAUUUUAUUUAGCUUACAGUUCUCUUCUGCCCUGCUCUUUGUAUUUUCAUGUUAACUACUCAGAAAUGGCUGUCAUUAGUACAGACUCUCCUCUCUAUGGAACACCCCAAAAAUUUACUAUCUCAUACUAAUGCUUAGUUUAAAAGCAUAAACUUAAUUGAAGAGUACCAGAAAAUGUAAUUUCCUUCAAUUAAGAUUACUAUUAAUUCAAGAUGCUGCAGGCUUUUGCACACAUCAAGGCAAUGCUCUAUUAAUACAACAUAAAAAUGAACAUAAUUAAAACAAACAAAAAAAUGCAUUUGAAGGAAACACCAGCAAUUGGGGGAAAGCUCUUUUUAAAAGCAUUAGCUGCAAUCCUUUGAAGACUGCUUUGGAACAGAUACUACUAGAAUUCUGUUCUAGUUUGAGUGCUUGUUCACAGAAGAAAGUCAGACGAAAGAUGCCACAAAAUAACUAGGAAAUGUAAACUGCAGUAGUAGUGAACUCUGACUUGCCUAAUCUGCACCAGGAACGCUUUCAAGCUGAUCGAGUUACUUCACUUUGGCGAAGUAAACUGCAAAAUGAAAUUUCUGAUGAAUAAUGAGAACAUCUAGUCAGAAAUAACUAUUUUAUAAUCACGUGCUCUGGGCUCCUCCCCGACAGAAAAAUAGCCCUGAAGCACCGAAAAGGUAAAGGGAGACUGAUUAAGAAUGAAAGUCAACAGUCUAACUGGAACUGCUAAGCCUGCUGCUAAAUUUAAGCACUGAAUUUCUUGUGACAGAAGUCAAGAGAGGACAACAGCUUCACAGAUGAUCAUAAAUCUGCUCAACCAUAAAAUACGACAGUAAGACCACCUCCUCCACGUACGUACAAAUGCCAGUGGCUACAGCUUAAGACAUUCACACAUGCACUGAACUUAAAUUUACAGACUGGGAAAAUAGUGCUUAUUGUUGUUUAAUGCUCAAUGUGUCCCUGAAGGCUCAGGAAAGAAUUCAUGAAGAAUUUUAAUGUAAUUCAGUGUUAAGCCACAUAUACAGGUACAUUUUAAGUUAGUGGCACAAAAUGCACUUUUACACCUGAAAAUAUUUCUAAUUAAUUAAUAGUUACUUUAAGAAGUUCUCGUAUCCAUCUCACUCAUGGUAUCACAUGGGCACAGAUAGUUAACUUAGUCUCACCUUUGCUUUCAAGAAAAAAGAGAGAGACAGUACGACCACAUGUUUUUAGGGUAGCCCAAAAAUUUGUACUGUAAGAUCUUGCUCAUUUCUUUAAAAGACCCACUGUGCGGGGGGUGAAAUUUCCCAUGUUAGGUAUCACAUUUGGGCUUAUUUUUUUAAAGCUUCCAGACACAACAUUUUCAGAAAUGGCCAAACUGAAGCUAGGUGUUUUGCCCACAUUAAAUUCUGGAGGAAGAAGGCUAAACAAUAUCAAAUAAGGAUCCACACUGGGGUGGAGUAGGAAGGGGGGGGGUAAUACUUGGCUAGAAAAGUAGCUUGGGAGUAUGAACAAGUCAAUGCCUAGGAAAGAGGAAAUGGGACUUGCAAAAUCAUUUGGUGAAUAGCAAGAAUGCAACUGAGCGAGGAGCUCACAGAAAAGGGAAAGGUUAGUCAAGCAAGCUCACUUGCUUCUUCUUACAUGUGAUUAGGGGCCCUAAUGUUACUAUUUUCUUACUGGAUUACUGUUCUUAAACUUUCUCAUGGUAUGCAAUAUGUAAUGAAACCAGUGCAUUUUUGGUAUGCAAUAUGUAAUGAAAUCAGUGCAUUUUAUACAAUGUGUCAUUUCAUCCUCUUUCAAUAUGCAUUAUUGGAAAAGACAGUAGGAAGGGGGUACCUUUAAAACUAACAUUUCUGUUGCAGACUUCUCACUACUGAAUUCUCUGUAAGCAGGUCUGUCUUGCUUACGAAAAAAGUAGUUACCUUCUGCUAUGUGCAUCCUGAAAUUGUCUGCUGAGAGUUCAUACAGUCCCUGCUUAGGUUCAGGUGCUUUUGGUGGUUCCACAUCAGGUUCUAGAUCCUAUUCAUGAGAAAAAUUAAUUUAUAUUUGUCUCAUACAGUAAAUAUACAAUAUUUGAUUCCUGUACCAUGCCAUUCUGUGGCAGUGUUGUUAACUCUACAUCUGUAAUUUCAAAUUCCUAAAACGGUGUCCUCCUAAUUUUGCUUAAUUUAGAUUAUCAAAUGUUUCCUAACAAUUACUUGAAUGUCAAAUGUGAAAAAGAUUACCACAUGGAAACCAGCUAUCAGAGUCACUGAAAUAACAGUCUCCCAUCAUGCUGCAGUACAGUCACAGUGCACAGCAACUGCUCUAACAUUCAUAACAUUACUAUAUAUUCAUACACUUAGACUGUGUAACAGUUUUCCUCCACAGCUUCAUGGAUCAGCCACAUGUGCCAUCACACCAGUUUUGGUGGUCUUUUGGCUAUUUAAAAAUAGAUGGCGAGAAAGCUGUUUUCUGCUCCUCUAAUACAGGGAGGAGGUACCUAAUGGUCCCAUGAGAUCAGGAACAAUGGAAAAGGAGCAAACACUUUAUAGGUAAGUUGCAGCAAACACAUUGCACUUCAGCUAAAGAGAAUGGCUAUUUACUAGAUACUAGGUCAGGGUUGGAAACAAAUAAAAAAAUUCAAAGUACAUUUCUUAAAACAGUUUAGCAUUAAUGUUUAAUUAUUAAAAAUACCAUAACAUGAAGUUUAUUUAAACAUAAUCAUGUUCUGUGAUCAACAAUCACUUCAGCUUUGUCUUGAUUAGAAAAAGCAAUUUUAAUUUAAUUGUAGGCAAGGCUUGGCUGACCUAUUUGAGUGCUACCCCUAAACUCAACGGUUUCCCUAGUGAUGAUGCUAGGUAAACUUACUGGACUGAUUAUUAUAAACAACUUCUUUAGGCUACAAAAUUAUCAGCUAAUAACUGAGCUAAAGAUAACUUCCUCAUAACAACACAGGAUGCCAAGACCAACACAAAUGCAAUUUAUACCAUAGUAUAACCAAACCAAUUCUCUUACUCUGAAAACAUUAUGGCCUCCAGUUGUCAAUUGAAUGGACACAAAAAAAUUCCAUCUUAAAAUGUGAAAAUGCUAAUACUUGAUUAAAAAUGGCAUUAUGAACCAUAGUUUUAAAUACAGGAAACAAAGGGCACGUCAUAGGAUGUCAUUUUUAAUUACUAUUCUGAUUUAUUUGGAAACUGUUCCAUAUUGUUAUUGCCAUCUGAACUUUAUUCUCAGGAGCAGAUUUCCUCCUGGAAAGUGAAACCUAACCCACAUAAAUGAGAGAACAGCAAGUCUGCAGAAAGAAAUAUUUCCUUUUCCUAUUUCCUUUUAACUUACAGCUGGUUCCUCAUUUAGUUUCUCCAACAUCCAUUUUUCCAAAGCCUGGAAGUCUCUAGGACCUUGGUAUUUCAGAGGUUCUUGUCCUGGUUUAAGCAGUUUUAGGCUAAAAGAUUAAAAUGUAGAAAAGAAUGAGGUAAAAAUUUUCACACAUGAAGUAUUCUCAGGAAGUUAAAAUGCUUUACUAAUUCACAGCAAUUCAGCUUAAGCUGCAGUAAGACCUCUCCAAAUUAUUAACAUUAGCAUCAGGCCCUCUCUCUCAACUUUAAGGGUCAUAGCUAUACCUUAGGACACUUCUUUCAUUCCCAUAUAAACUUUUAAAGAGGAUUUUAAAAAUAAGGGACAGAAAUACCAUGUUAAAAAUCAAAAUAUUUUAAUUAUUUUGAUCAGUAAGCAUCCACAAAUAAAACAUUGCAGAUUCUAGUUCUGAGGUUAAUUAUUCUUUAUGCUUAUGAAUCCUAUUUCAAUUUGCCAAAAAUCAUCAAUUUUGUUUUGUUCUCCCCUCUCCACCCCCAAUGGAAAAAAUACAAAGCUUGCUUUCUCAGGCAUUUCUUUUUCAUGUUUUGUUCCAAGCUUACUCUUGAAAUAUAUGACUUUUCACAUGGUAUUAAACUGAUUAAAAACACUAUGAAACAAGUGACUAGGACAAGAAGAUAAGUGAUUGCUUAUAGGGAUCUUAGGACUUCAUGACUGUAACUUUAAUAAUUGCUAUCAAAAUUUUUCUAUAAAGUACUUAAAACUUACUAUUAAACAUUUGAUUAAGUUAAAACUGAAAGCAUAUUUGACAAAGGGACAAUAUCUACUUUUGAUCUGGUCUUAUUCUUUAAAGCAAAUUAAAAUUAGUUUCAACUACUAUCCAUACUUAGCCCGCAGUUCCCCUUGCUAAGAUGUGGUUUUGCCACCACAUUUUCUCCCCCCGCCCCAAAUGUUUCUCUCUCUUCUUAUUCCACAAGCUGGAAAAACUAAACAUAUGAAAGUGUUGCAAAACCACAUAAUGCAAAUGUAUUCAAAAGACAAAGAAGUUCCUACUGUCUUUUUUAUUUAAUAUAUUCUUAAGUAUUCCUUGUUAUGAUAGGUCAAAAUUUUUGAGAAAAAGCAUGACUUUAUUAUAAGAAGGAAACAACAAAAAUAAAACAGAAAUACAUCUAAAAUACACCUCAUGGCAAUACUUUUGAAGACUAAGAAAAAAAAAAUCAAUGUAUUAGCUUAAAAAGCCAGCUGUGCCUUUAUUUCAUCCAAAUUAGGGUAAGUUUUCUCUAUUUCAGUUGAGAGAGUAUUUUACAGCACCAAAUAACCAUGGGGCAACUGCACUAAGAAGCGCAGGAACCAGCAGGCGGCAUCCCAGCCAGUUUCCCUCUCAAGAAGGUGGAAGGAGGAUGCAGCCUUUCUUUUGACUAGUGUUUGGAAAAGCAGAGUAAGGAAUAACACACACUAGACUUGCAAUGGCCCUUCUGUGACUCAGAAAGUUGUGAAAUCUCCCCUACUGGAGGUUUUUAAGAACAAGUUAGACAGGCUAGUUAAACAUGUCCUGAUUCAGAGAGUAAGAAAAUUGAAAUCAUGAAUUCUCCUUCAUCUUAUUUCUAUAACUAGCAGAUGACUGCCUUAUUAUUUGUACUUUUCAAGUAGAUGAAAAUGAACACUAGCUAUCCUUAGAUGUCCAAAGAUCUUAGAAAGGAGGAAGAAAAAAAAUCAAUUACAUAUCCAUUCAUAUUUUCUUAUUCAAAAUCUGUGCCCCUCUCUCUAUUUUACAAAGAUAGCAGCACAAUAUAAACUGUUCAAGUACACAAAGAAGACCAGUGUUCACUUUUAGGGAUAUUUAAAUAAAGCUGUAAAAUUCAUUGUUUCUCACCAUUUCUAGUGGAACUAAACCACAAACUGCCCCUAAGAAAAAUUCCUGCUCCAGUGAGGGCUUUGCUAUUUAUAAUUUUCAACUUCUAAUCAGUUGUACUCAUCUGCCUCAAAGCUGGUGUAGACAGGAGUACCUGUCAAAUUCGGACUGUUGCUGAGGACAGCAGUAACAUUAGACAAGGUCAGCACAGGGAAGAAAAUCAAAAAUUACAGGCUGUGGAAGGGCUACAGAAGACAAUAUUUUCCCCUUAUCCCCACAAAGAUGAGUUACCAGCAAAGUAGCUGAAACAAUUCUAUCCAUUUUUGAAAGAAGCUUUAAAGACGACACACGUGGAAAAAAAUCUUUUUGCUCCUUUUAGCAGCUAGAAAGGGUGUAGGUGUACCCAACCUGAAAGUACUGCCCAGUCUGAUCUCUCACAGAUACUCUAGAUUAUGUUCUUUCUCCCAGAGCUGACAUAGUAAGGCAUAUAUCCUUUAUAACAAGACAGGUUUAACAAAUUCAAACUCCAAAUUAAUUUCUCCUAGACCAAUAUAAGCAAAAUUAUGUAGAAAAGUCUGCAAACCACCAUCACCACUAUGCUAGAUGGUACUAUAAAGUUAUCAUUUUAUGAGCACCAAGCUCACUCAAAAGUUUAAGAGGUCACCUAUACAUUCAUUGUGAACAGUAUCGUGUACCUGAACAUGCAACAAAUUAUUUUUAAAAAGAUGAUUAGCAGAGACCAGGUCUGCCAUGCCAGUGUUGUAUAAUGCACUACUGCUUGAGAGAACAGCUCUCAGGGGGUGUGGGGGGGAACACUUCUGGACUUCAUUUAAACACAGCCAUCUUCCAAGAUAUAAAUCAGCUUCUUAGAAAAAGAGAGAGCGAGAGAGAGAGAGAGAGUAGUGUAUGUCAUAUAAUACUUGGCAGUGUAGUACAAAGACUUAAAAUGAACAUAUGAAGUCCAAAGGGCUACAAAGAAAGCCGUAAAAAAAUAUAGCUUAGAAGUUAGCUUCAACAAACUGGCAAAGGAUCAUGGAAAACUACAGGGAAAAAAAAAAAGAACAGAAGCAGACAUCCUCUAAUACUUACGUUGGGUAUCCUCGGACGCCAAAUUCAGAGCACAAUGGAAUAUCUACGGUACAAUCCACUUUAACAACAUAGACCUGUGGGUUUUCCAUGUUGUUGUAUUUAUCUCCUAAAUCAUUCCAGGUUGGUUGCAGACGCUGACAAUGUCCACACCUGCAACAGAACGAACAAAAUAUUUCCUGACAAUUGCUCAUGUUUAGAGGGGAACAAUUCUACGGAAAAAAAAAAAAUCACACAUAGAAAUGGUCAGAGAUUUUGGUAAAUUUCAAAACAGUUAAGUCAGAAAUCUUCCAUAUUCAAGCACUCUUACAGUAAGUAACAGUGAGUACUACUGCAGUAUUGUAAUUUUGUAAAACAUAAAUGUUGUAACAUAAAAUAUGUUGUAAAACAUUGCAAAUCUUUUUCACAUAAAAAUUGUCAAGAAAUCAGAACUUGUUGCUAUCAAUCCUUUUACAGUACAAAGCCUACAUAUCACUGAGGUCUCCAUGAACUUUGUGAGGAAAACUGCUCUCAGUUUUCUAACUUUCUAGAGAAAUCACAUGUCUAGCUUUCUUUACACUCUUACAUUUCAAAAUACUAUAUUUUUAAGCAGCAGGUAAGAAGAUAAUGCUUUCUAGUCUCUUUAUAAGGCCACUUGUGCUUAGGUGCAUCACUAGAAUUGGAGCUUGUGAGCCAUAAAACACAUCAAGCACCGAAUUCUGAAUAGCAUUCAUCAAAAUCCCCAGAUACUGUGCUUUGUUACAGCUGAACACUAUAAAUUACAAUAAUAUCUCUACAAAAAUCUGGCCUAAUAUAGUUGCUGUAACAGCAACUCCUCAAAAGUAGAAAAUGGGUUUUACUCCAAUCAUCAAUUUUCUAGUCAUUACAGUAACAUCCUAUUGCUGUAACUAUGAUGAAGUGUGUCAUUACUUAAAUAUCUAACUUCAGACUGAAGUCUCUCCACAGUCAAGUCUUUAACAGACCUUGAAUUAGGAAGAAAAUUUUGGAUUCUCUGGUCCCCUCCCCUAACAGUUGUGAAAAUUUUAAACACUGCAUGAAUAGUGAUGUUAAAGAUCUGAGCAUGGAAAUCUAUGUAAGGAAAUCUCAAAUAAUAAACUCUAUUUUUUAAACACAGAA